AUGUUCCUUGACAAAAUAAAACCAACUACAGAAAUAAACGACGCAAGACUGAAAGAUUGGGUAAAAGCUUUCCCAUUCACAAAAGAUAUAGUUGGUAACAUGGAAAGAAAACCAGAAUGGCUACAAAAACAUAUAUUUGGAAACGAGCUUAUUCCAUAUGGACAGGCACUGUUUGAAGAGCUUGAACCAGAAACUCAGGAAAGAGUCAUGCAAACAUACGCGAAGACUCAAAUACAGACUAUGACAAACUCUUUCUAG